CACCACAUGGACAGUAGAUUUGUAAUUAUUGCUUUUUUUUUUUCAGAAAGCUGUCAACAAUGCGGAUUAUUUCUCGUCAGUUGGCUCUAACGGCUGUGGCUGUGCUCAUGCUCACAAUUGUGUCCUACAAUGAAGCCAAGACAACGCAGAAACCAAAGUAUCAGUAUACAAAGAAGCCCAUCUCCCUGGUUACUGUUCACAACCCUGUCACCACCAGCCUGCCCAAGACGCUCAAGAUAGUGGAAACCCCGAAUCCUGUACAGCCCCAGCUGCAACCCACCCCUGAGCGGAUAACCUACCCAAGCCACGCUUACCCUCAGCACCACAGCGACUACACAGAGCACCCUGGUGUUGGCAGUGAGAAUUACACCCUGGAUUAUAACGAGUGCUACUUUAACUUCUGUGAAUGUUGUCCGCCUGAGAGGGGUCCCAGAGGCCUGAAGGGAGAUAGAGGCCUGUCCGGGCCACCUGGUGUAAGAGGACCGGCUGGAGAAGAUGGUUUCUCUGGACCGCCUGGUCUAAGCGGUCCUAUGGGCUUUAAGGGAGAAAAAGGGGACAAAGGUGACAGAGGAAAUAUUGGAACUCCUGGGCCACCAGGAGUUCAAGGAAAACCAGGACAAAAAGGUGAUUUUGGCCACAAAGGUGUAAAAGGUGAAACAGGCUUCCAAGGUGUCAAAGGUGAAAGAGGGGAAAAAGGAGACCCCGGGCAGAAUGGCACUGCAGGUGAGAAGGGAGAACCAGGACAACAAGGGCCAGCUGGACCUCCAGGAGCAGCUGUUGAGCACGGUCUUAAGGGAGAGAAAGGAGAUAAAGGGGAGUGUGGCAUUUUUGGGGAGAGAGGACCAAAAGGGGAGAGAGGGGAUGCUGGGUCCCCAGGCAUUCCAGGUGCCAUGGGAAUUCCAGGAAUCAAUGGCAAGCAUGGUGCCCCUGGACCUGUAGGCAUUAGAGGGGAUCAGGGACCUCCUGGACCUCCAGGAGACCCAGGACUGAGAGGGCCUCAGGGACCACAGGGUAUGAGAGGGAUGUUUGGGCCAAAAGGGGACAGAGGUUACCCUGGGAUGAGGGGGGACCGGGGCUUCCGCGGAUUCAAAGGAGCCAAGGGAUCUGGGAUACCUCAGAAACGCUCUGCCUUCAGCGUAGGUAUCUCUCCGAGGAGAUCCUUCCCACCUUCCGGUUUCCCGAUACGCUUUGACAAAAUCUUCUACAACGAAGAGAACCACUUCAAUGUCUCUUCCAACAGCUUUACAUGCGUUCACCCUGGGGUUUAUGUCUUCUCUUUCCAUAUAACUGUGCGCAAUCAGCCACUACGCGCCACUCUAGUAGUGAAUGGGUCACGGAAAGUGAGGACACGGGACUCACUGUCCGGCCAAGACAUCGACCAGGCGUCCACUCUGGUGGUGCUGCGGCUGGCAGCAGGUGACCAGGUGUGGAUGGAAACAUUCAGAGACUGGAAUGGGGUGUAUGCCAGCAGUGAGGACGACAGCAUCUUCUCUGGGUUCCUUCUUUACUCAGACAAAAUCUGA